AUGCACAUGAAAACCGUGCUCAUCCUCCUCGUUCUGGCUUUAGCCACGAUAUUUGCUUUAGUCUGCGUGUUGCUGACCAGAGGAAGGGCCCCCGGCACCUGCCAGCCCCAGCCCCCGGAGCAGGAGGACACCGAUGAUGGCCAGAGCCUGGUGUUUGCCGAUCUGACACCCGAAGAGAUGGCGCAAGUGGUGCGGUACCUGCGGGGAAACCUCGGGGUGCCGCUGGUUGACGCCUCGCGUGCGAAGCCCUCCGACAACUGCAUCGCCUCCGUCGACGUGCAGGUUCCCCCCAAGGCAGAGGUGCUGCGGUUCCUGGAUGGUGGGGGGGCUCGCCCCCCGCGGGAGGCGCUGGCUGUGCUGUACUUUGGGAACCAGCCAGGCCCCAACGUCACCGAGUACGUGGUGGGUCCGCUGCCGACGCCGGUGUAUCACCGGGAUGUCACGGUGCAGAAGUACGGGGGGAAGGUGCCGUACCACCGCAGACCAACGCUGGCUGUUGAAUACAAACAGAUUGGAGCAUUUUUAAAAAGUCAAGUGUUCCCCACAGCUCCAUCUUUCAUGCGUCAAGUAAUGGAGUAUGAUGGAGCCAGUCUAGCAGCCCUGACAGCUGCUCCCCGCGGAUUCCAGUCUGGAGAUCGGAUCACCUGGUUCGUUUUGUUUCAGAACGUGAGUGGGUUCUUUGUGCACCCGGUGGGGUUGGAAGUGCUGGUGGACCACAGCAGCCUGGACAUCGCCCGGUGGGCGGUGAGCAGGGUCUUCUACAACGGGCAGUACUACAGGGACAUGGUUCAGCUGGAGAGCGCCUACGUGCAGGGUCGCAUCAGCGUGGAGAAGGUGAGGAAAGCCACCGUCGGCUGCGCUGUUCCCUCUCCAGGACGGGCGGUUGGGAUGAGCGUGAACACGGGCCUGCGUCUGUUUGACAUCCGACACAAGGGGGAGAGGGUUGCCUAUGAAAUCAGCAUCCAAGAGGCGUUGUCAGUGUAUGGCUCCAACUGCCCUGGAGGGAUGUCCACGAGGUACAUGGAUGGCAGCUUUGGCAUCGGGCGCUACACCUCUCCCUUGGUGCGAGGGGUCGACUGCCCCUAUUUAGCAACGUACCUGGAUGUGCACUACCUUGCUCAUUCCCAGGUCUCCAGAAUUAGUAAAAAUGCCCUCUGCAUCUUUGAGCAGAACCUGGGCUCCCCUCUGCGUCGCCACUACUCCAACUUGCAGUCGCUCUACUACGGGGGGCUGGUCAACUCUGCUCUGGUCGUUCGCUCUAUUGCAACUGUGGGCAACUAUGACUACGUGUGGGACUUCAUCUUCUACCAGAACGGGGCCAUCGAAGGCAAGGUCCAGGCCACGGGGUACGCGAGCUCGUCCUUCCUCCACGGGGACGGUCUGAGAUACGGCAAUAGGGUUUGGGAGCACACGCUGGGUACGGUACACACCCAUUCUGUCAACUACAAAGUGGACUUGGAUGUGGGAGAAGAGUGCGAAGUGGACCGCGAUCUCUGGAAAGUGGCUGUCAGUGAUGUACCACCGCCGCCUCGCGCCGGGCUGGGCGCAGCAGGGUCAGCCUUGCAGGAGCUGGUGGCCGUGCAGGAGCAGCCGCCUCACUCCACGCUAGAGCUCUGCUGGAGCUGCUGGGUCCCUUCCCUUGGGGUUGGGAGGGACUGGGAGGCGGCAGAGAGUGGCGACGGGGAGAAGAGGCACGUGGAGGUGCUGGAGCCGGCAGGUCGUGGGCUCUCCCGGAGCGCCAGCCUGGACCGGCCCUUCAGGGGCGCGGGGCUGGUCCCGGGGCGACGGGGUGCGGCAGCAGUGCAGCCGGCCGAGCCUGUCCCCGUGGCAUCGCUGCGCUCCCACAUCAGACGGGACGGGGUGUCCGGGGAGAUGCUGGGCGAAGCAAAGGCCCCUUGGGCAGACCGAGGCCGGGGCUCUUCCUGGUGUCACCCUGCAGCGGAGAAACCCAUCAGUAUCUCGGGGAGUGAGUCAGGCGCCGGCUCCCCGGCUGGCUCCCUCGCUGUGUCUGGGGUGGGGAGGGAACAGGCUGAACUGGACGGGACCUGUGAUCUGUUCUCGGAGCCCAUGCAAGCUCCAGGCGCCCUCCCCGCCUCGCAAGCGACGCCUUUACACCCACAGUUGGCAAAUGAGUUAAGAGCCCUGUCUGCAGGUGAGGGACAUGUUCCGGAGCCUGCCGCCGAACCCCACGCGCUGUUUCUGCACUCGGAGAGAUGA